CAACAGUACCCUUAGGCAUGACGAGCAGUCUUCACAUAUCUGACCGCCUGGUUUUCACACGUAGCCGUCCCAUCUCGUGAGCCAGUCUCAUUAAACCCACAGCACUGCAAAGAGAGCUGGGUGCUGCUGCUGUUAGAAAACAGGGUGGAGCUGAGCUAAAUGUUGUUAAUCAAAUAUCUUAAUAAACCACGGUGAAAGAACUUUGGGCUUUUAGGAUUUGGCCUAAGAGAUUAAAAACUAACCAAGAAAAGGAAAAAAAAAAAAAGGGCCAUUUGCAGAGGAGGCGAGCUUUGGCUCUUGGCUUUCCAACGUGACCAGUAUGUGCGCGGCAGGCUGCUUUGCGAUCCGUGCGGACACCGCGUGCCACCCGCUGUUACCGCAUCCCGGCGUCAUGCCCGCUUGUGCCCCCGUCAGCACCGACAGCCAAGCCCAGCCGUCAGCGGAGCCGCCGGAGGGCUCAGAGAUGGAUUCAUCAGAACGAUCAACCAUUAGAAGUGAGCAGAAAUCCAGAAAAUUCUUACAAAGUCUAAUAAGAAAGCAGCCUCGGGACCUUCUCCUGGUAAUUGGAACUGGGGUAAGUGCUGCAGCAGGACCAGGAAUCCCAGCGCUGUGCUCCUGGAGAAGCUGUGCUGAGGCUGUAAUUGAAGCAGCUGAGCAGCUGGAGGUGCUUCCUCUGGGAGAAGUUGCUGAAUUUUUUAAAAAAGUAAUCAAAGAUAGAGACCUGCUUGUGGUUGCACAUGAUCUCAUCAGGAAAAUGUCACCACGUACUGGGGGUACAAAGCCCAACUUCUUCCAGGACUGCUUAAUGGAGGUGUUCGAUAAUUUAGAACACAUUCAGAAUCCUGUUGUUCUGCAAUUGAUCCCAAAACGCAUGGAGAGAGGCACAACGGUUCUGACUACAAACUAUGAUAAUUUACUUGAAAUAUUUGGUCAGCAACAGGGUAAGCCUAUGGAAUCUUUACACUUGAAAGAUAAGGAUAAGGUUCUUCAGCAGGCAAGAGGUCAUAUAAAAUACGGAGUUCUUCAUAUUCACGGCUUAUACACAGACCCCUGUGGAAUGGUGCUAGAUUCCUCGGGCUAUAAAGAUGUUACUCAAGAUCCUGAAGUCCUGAAUUUUUUUCAAAAUUUGUAUCAAACCGAACGUUUUUGGUUCUUGGGCUGCAGAGAGACUCUGCAUAAUCAGAUAUUCCAAGCUCUUUUUCUUUAUACUGUAAAGAAUAAAGUGGAUUUAGAACAUUAUAUGUUGGUGCUUAAAGAAAAUGAAGACCACUUUUUUAAGCUCCAGGCAGAUAUGCUGCUGCACGGAAUAGAAGUAGUGUCCUACAGGGACUGCUUUAAGCAAUUCCCAGAGUAUGUACAAGAUCUCACUGCUCAAAUCUGCAAGCAGAGAAGUCCAGGUAAAGUAUCCUCUUUAACAGGGAAUUUUUCAGUAGGAACUUCAUGUAUGGACUGUGCUAAAAGGAAGCUAGGAGAAAAAGGCACUGACUCUCCUAAGAGAAUCAAGCAGCCAGAUAAUGGUCGGGUGCAACUAUUCUCUGCCUGUGCUUCCAGCCAGUUGGACCAAGCUCUUACCAAGGUGAAGCCACAACAGAGGUAAUAUUUGAAUCUGUCAGAAAUUACUUUUGGCAUACCUGUGACUAUCUGUUAGUUGUCUUUUAAAAUGAAGGGUUUUCUAUUAUUUUCUCAUCAGCUGAAUUGCAGUUAGGCUGCUGGAGGCUGAACUCUUUAGGGGUCUGUCAGCACAAGGCUGCUCGCAAGCUUCAAAUUCAGAUCCCUUAGCUGUUAGGAACAAGAUUGUUUCAUAUUUAUAGAACCUGCAUCAUGAUAACCUUUUACAUUUUAACUCUUUUACACUUUUGCCAUGAGUACUUGUUUUCAUUUGUCAGUCUGUUAAGGCAUGCGAUCACAUGGGGAGAAAAGGAUGUAUUAUUAAUGUAGCAGCAAAGACAUACCAUAUUUACAUAGAAUCAUAGAAUCAUUAAGGUUGGAAGAAACUUCUAAAUUCAUCAAGUCCAACUGUGAAACGAACACCCCCACGCCUCCUAAACCAUACCCUGAAGUCCCAUGUCUGCAUGUUUUCUGAACACCUCCAGGGAUGGUGACUCCACCACUUCUCUGGGCAGCCUCUUGCAACGCCUGACCACUCCUUCAGUGAAGAAAUUUUAAGGCCAUUUCCUCUCAUCCUACUGCUUGUUACCUGGGAGAAAAGACCAACACCCACCUCAUGUCAACCUCCUUUCAGGUAGUUAUAGAGAGCGAUACAGUCUCCCCUCAGCCUCCUCUUCUCCAGGCUAAAACAACCCAGCUCCCUCGGCUGCUCCUCACAAGACCUGCUCUCCAGACCCUUCACCAGCUUUGUUGCCUUCCUCUGGACAUGCUCUGGCACAUCAAUGUCCUUCUUGCAGCGAGGGGCCCAAAACUGAACACAGUAUUCGAGAUGCAGCCUCACCAGUGCCGAGUACAGGGGCACCAUCACCUCCCUGCUCCUGCUGGCCACGCUAUUGCUGAUACAAGCCAGGAUGCUGUUGGCCUUCCUGGCCACCUGGGCACACUGCUGGCUCAUGUUCAGCCAGCUGUUGACCAACACCCCCAGGUCCUUUUCCACCAGGCAGCUUUCCAGCCACUCUUCCCCAAGCCCAUAGCGUUGCAUGGGGUUGUUGGGACCCAAGUGCAGGACCCGGCACUUGGCCUUGUUAAACCUCAUACAAUUGGCCUUGGCCCAUCGAUCCAGCCUGUCCAGGUCCCUCUGCAGAGCCUUCCUAACCUCGAGCAGAUCAAUGCUCCUGCACAAUUAUCGUCUGCAAAAUUACUGAGGGCGCACUUGAUCCCCUCAUGCAGAUCAUUGAUAAAGAUAUUAAACAAGACUGGCCCCAAAACUGGGCCCUGAGGAACACAGCUUGUGACAGGCCACCAACUGGAUUUAGCUCAGCCACCCAGCCAGUUUUUUACCCAGUUUUCACAUGGGGGCUUACUGACCUAUUUGCAGUGUAUUUCUAUGGAAAUAUUUAAAAUGUUGUUUAAAUCUCAGAAUAUGCCACCAGUUAUCUCAGAAAGCAGAUAAUAGAUAGUUUUGAUGCAGGAGAAUUAAAACCAGUUAGUAUCUAAUUGUAUGUUUGUAGACAGUUUCUACUGUAUAAGUUUGACUUCAGUUGAACUACUGAAAUGAUUAAGGUUAGGCACCGCGUAACUAUUCUUCUGAGGUGCUCUUACUUCACCUACUACUGAACCGUUUCAGCACUAAACUGACCUAAUUACUGGUCCAGUUGCCAAUACAGGUAGUCAUCUGCGAUUUUGUAGUCAGCUGUCUCACACCUCAGUGUCUUCAGGAGAGCAUGUUCAGGAGCACUUUGUUCUGAUACCAGCACAUUCCUAUCUGGCAGUCCUGGAGGGUUGGGAGGUUACUUUAGUCAGGUUUCUCUGCUUAUGUUCCCUGUGGAUUUGAUCUGUUACACAUUCUGAGAUCACAUCACACUAUAAUGAGGUAUUACAGGGAGUGGAAGGGAUGGUCUGUCAGAUGACCUUUCUGUCUGAAUUCUAGUAUGUCAACUCUUUACUCCCACAUCAGAAAAACAAUUUCUGCUUGUUCUCUAGUACAUAUGUGUGCAAAAUGAAAAGCUUAGAAGUGAUGUGUGUGCUUCUUUCUAGACCAGCAACUACUGUGAUGGGUAGAGUUGAUGUGGUGUGGAAGUCUUUGUCCCUGUUCUGAAGUAGGUAAAGAUCUGAAGACAUUUUGCCUAGAAAAGCAAUCUGGAACCAUGCAUCCACAUUGACUCUUGUCCCUUCUAUGCCAGAAGAAAACAUCCAGUCGUCUUCCAGUGUUGACAGUCUGGAAACCAUACUUGGGUUUUAGUAUGUGAGAUAAUUGUGAUCUCAAAUAUCAGUUGUCAAGGUUUCAGAUGUAUUUUUUAAAAGGUAAACAUCAAAAGCAAAACCCACCUGAAUAUAGACUCUACUCAUGCUUUCCCCUUUGAGAGGUCAUAUUUAUGCAUACAUUGCUUUUGAAAAUUAAGUCUUUUAGCAUCACAUAUAGCAUUAUCUGUAAGACACUGGCCUCUAAAAUUUGCUUCCCUAGUCAGCAUGAAUUGGCUGUUUUGAAAAGUGGCCAGUCAUGCUCUUUUGGAUACUGAUGUAUCAGCUUGGAACAUUUUAAUUGUUGCUUCAAGCGGCACCAAAAUUAAUCUGAUGAGCCAAGAUAUUUACGACCCUGAUUAUGGCAACUUUUUAAGCCCAACCCUAAAGUCACGUGAGGACAACCCUACGUCAUGUCACUCCUUAUCUUGGGCUUGAAGUCAGGGCCACAUUAGGAAAUCACACCCCCUCCCUUUGGUAAGGAUCUGCUUACACCUAAGCAUUGGCGGUUCUUCCAUUUUGUAGACAUUGCUGAAGCCCCUGACUCAAGUCCCAUUUAUUUGUAUCCUGAAAAAGCAGAUAAGUAAGGGGUUAUUUUAAUUCCUAACAUACACAAUAUGAAGGUAGAAAUGCCCAGUUUUGUUUUUUUUAUUUCCAUCGCCCCAGUCAAAGAACAGAUUUUAGUCAUCUUAGGGAUGCGAUUGCCUUGCAGCUACCUUAGGAUUGAAAAUAUAGUCAAAAGGGACAGAACCUGAGACUUGUCUGUUCCAUUUAUCUGUUAAGUGAAAGAGUAACUUGUUUAAGGCCCUGUUCAAAUUACUACCCAAGUAUUGUGAAAGAACUAACCAUACAAACUGGCAUGUUCAGUGAUGUUUGCCAAUUCUACUGUAGAUGGCUCGUUUUGUACUUACUUCAUAACUUUAUUUUUUAAAUAGGAAUAAGAUACUUACUGAAAACAAACUUGUUGAUCAUUUAUUAUCCUGUUUUGCUCAAGCUGUGUAAUGAAGGUGAUAGGACAUCUUUGAUGGUGGCAUACAGUCUUAAUAAAAUAUUUAAAGCCAA